AUGAAAAGUGUACGGCAAAAAGAAUUCAAUUUAGAAGGAAUGGAGGAAGAGGGAAGGGAGAAGGAGGAAGAGAAGGAGGAAGAGGAAGAGAACAAGGAAGAAGAGGAAGAGAACGGGGAAGAAGAGGAAGAAGAGGAUGAAGGGGAGGCCGAACCAAGCCAAGCCAGACCAAGCCAAGCCAAGCCGAACCAAGCCAAGCCAGACCAAGCCAAGCCGGACCAAGCCAAGCCAGACCAAGCCAAGCUGGACCAAGCCAAUCCAGACCAAGCCAAGCCGGACCAACCCAAGCCGGACCCAAGCCAAGCCAAGCCAGACCAAGACAAGCCGAACCAAGCCAAGCCAAGCCGAACCAAGCCAAGCCAGACCAAGCCAAGCCAAGCUAGACCAAGCCAAGCCAGACCAAGCCAAGCCAGACCAAGCCAAGCCAAGCCAGACCAAGACAAGCCAGACCAAGCCAAGCCGGACCAAACCAAGCCAGACCAAGACAAGCCAGACCAAGCCAAGCCAAGCCAAGUAGAACCAAGCCGGACCAAGCCAAGCCGGACUAAGCCAAGCCGAGCCGGACCAAGCCAAGCCGGACCAAGCCAAGCCGGACCACGCGAAGCCAAGCCAAGCCAAGCCAAGCCAGAGCAAGGCAGACCAGAGCAGGAAGGAGCAAGGAAGACCAUGACAAACCACCACCACAAUCAUAUGCCCGCAGCCACAGACCACUACACCCGUCACUCCCGCCCCUCGUGUGGCUCCCUGGACCUGACAGCGCCGCUCACUGCCCGCUGA